CGCAGAACUCUCCAAUCCCUACUACUAGCUAUUCGGAGGAUUCAUUGCACAAGGUGCGGCGUCUGCGUCGAUGCUCCCCAGGCCUUGCCCGUAACGUUAUACUGCACGGUUACCACAAUAGGUGAAAGAAAAUGGCGCACUUCACUCCCGAGUACUUCACCGAAUAUCGGAGAGAAAUGUAUGAAUGGGGAAGCGCUGCAGAUAGAGGCGGCAAGCCUAUGGCGAGGUUCUAUGACAUCUGGGCAGAUAGAUACGCCAAGCUGCACGACGACCUUGGCUUUCCCGCACCGUCCAAUAUGGCAGCCAUUGCAUCUGAAAUAAUCGGUGAUAAAUCUGUGAGGAUUCUUGAUGCAGCCUCAGGGAUAGGAAUGGUCGGAGAAGCGCUUAAGAAUCUCGGCUUCACGUGUAUCGACGCUUUGGACGCUUCCCAAAUUUCCUUAGACAAAAGCAAGGAACGUCAGUGCUACACUGAGUACAUAUGCGACACACUAGAUGACCACCGGACGAAAAUUCCUGACAAUAACUAUGACGCUGUCGUAAUGUGCGGUGCCUUUGGCGUUCCUGGUCACGUAGACGAUUUGUGCUUUCCAGAGCUGAUUCGAAUAACGAAGCCGGGUGGGUACAUAAUGUUUACAUUGAGUGUGAAAGUAUUCGACCAAUGGGAGGCCAGGUUGGAGGCAGUUAUUGGUGCACUCAGUGAGCAGGGACAAUUGGAACUUGUGGAAUAUCGCUGGAUACAGUAUUACUCAAGUGACAAAUUAAACGAAAAGGCUAAGGUGCCGAUUCUCAGAGUCUUAUCCAAGUGAAAACAAGGCCCAGUUGUUUUGGACAGCAGUGAUUUGGUUGAUAAUUGCGCAUGAUCGGCAGGAGCUUUGAAGAGGCAGUUUAAAAGACAAACUAAAAAUAAAAGUUGAUUGAAUUUAUAGUAUAGGGUGUGUGGAUAUUUCUGUACCUAACAUAGGAUGAAUGCUGUGAGUUUGUGAACCAUGAAAUUUCUAUGCAGUUGGAAGGGGAAGGACAGCGGUUGGACCACAACCAUGAAAAUAGAGGUUAUACCACAAUUUAAAGGAUACAAAUUAUUCAAAGCAUGAACUUGCCUUUAUUCCAACUGUUUAAUCGAACGGUAAAAAGCAUUUUUUUGUUUAUUUUUGUUUAGAAAAUCAGCUUGAAACAAAUCGAUAUGGCAUUAAUUAAGGUUCAAAAUAUCCACUGCAAUUUUGUUACUUUCAGUUGUCCAUGAAUCAACAUGAUGACUUCCGCAAAGCAACAAUCUGUGAAAUAAAGAAAGACCUUGUAAAGACCUUCGACGCAUCAGUUUCAGCACUGACACAUUGACGCCACUUCUCAUGAAAUUAAUUAUCGAAAUAAUUUCAUUCCGUUGAUAAGGCACACAGUAUCUAACAGUACUUGUCACUAGUCUUUGUUAUUGGUUGCUCUUUAUUGCUCAUAUUGUAAACGAAUAACAGGGUCAAAGUCGUAGGCAAGAAUGGGUUAACAUCAAAAUCUAAGGUUCAAGUGCAAGAUUGCAAAUUGUCGUAAAUGUCUGUCAUUGCAUGCUUACAGAGCAGAGUUAAAAAUGUAAAUGAAGUCACUGUACACUGUAAAGUAAAAAACAUGGUUUAGUGGUAAACGUUAGUUAACUUUAGACAAAAAGUGUUGCGAGCCUGGUUUUUUAAGUUGUGAGUGUACUGCACAUACUGUUGGCAUAGAUGAAGGUCACCAAAACAUCCUAACGCCCCCAAAACAAAACAAACACAAACAAGCAAACACCCCAACAAACCAACCAAAUAACCUAACCGAACUUAAACAAAAUCGAAACCAUACCUUUCAUACAAGCAGAAUUCUUAGACGGAGAAUUACAACUUUGUAGAAGACAACAGAGAAAAGUUCUUUAGUUCGUCGCUUGUGCGUUACCCAGUUUCGUCUACUUGAUACCUGGUACUUGGUAGAAAUUCCUCCUGAAUUCUCCACUGGGGAGAUUGACAAGGAGGCCACCGAUCUUUCGCCCAUCCCCAUUUCCGUUCGACGGUAAACAUUUCUGCUGUCAAAGAAAGACCCGGAGCCAAAUUGUAUCCGUAACUUAGCCUUUAUGAGGGAUAUAGCGCACUGCAGCUUAGGGCCACCAAGCCUUAACAUAGACAGAAUUUACCUUAGACAAGUGCUGAGCUUCAUCGAAUAGUUAAUUAUAGUCUUAGCAACGGAUACUGGGAAAAAACGGAUUUGGGCUGUGACAGUGCAAGAGGGCGUCACACAAAAUUGUAACUGUGCCAACUUAAUUUACAUCAGAACUCAUGUCAACACGACAAUGUCAACUUUCUAAACUCUUUUAACUUUGCACAUAUAAUAAAAUAACAAUAUUGAAAAAUGGGAAUUAUUUCUUAAUUAAAACCCCUAGUAGCAUAACAUCCACGAUAAACUACGGUGCUUUAUAAAUUGACGAUGUAAAUCAAACAUUAAACAUUGUUGACAAUGCUUGAAUAAAAUGCUUAUUAUUUGAUUUUUCCGAUUACGUGGUGAGCUUCUGAGUAAGCUACAAACUAUUUAAAUGUGCUCCAGUUUUCUUGUACGCCUGUCUCAAAUACUAUAGGAAUAUUUCGAAUCAAUUUCCCCUUUUUUCAUUUAAUUAUACGAGGGCUCAUCUGGCCUGGGAGUGCUUCUCAUCACCCAAAAGGGAGUGUUGUUUAAAGGUGACGGACAUGACAUACCCGACAAGUUCAUCAUUGUUAUCCUUGGCUGAAAAAAGAGAAUUACGUUUUGACAUACAAAAACUAUGUCAACGAGAAAGUCCCAUUGGAGAUAAUGCUUCAAGUAUUUCGUCAAUCCCAAACUUCAGGCGUCUGAAAUUUUAAUAGGUUAGCGAGUAAAGGCGCGUUUUGUGCAAAACGGUCGUCGAAAAGGCUAUGAGUCUUCAAAAUGGUUUCCUGGCGAGAGACGAAUACAGAGACGAAGAUGAAGUUCAAAGUAUUCAGGCUGUUAUUCAGUGUGGUUAAAAUUGGGCCUACAAGCUAAACCAAUCCAUGGGUCCAGGUCUUGAGAAGGGUCCAGCGUAGUGCCCAGAUAGAUGCUGAGCAUGGCCGAGACCAGAGUUGACUUGAUCCAGGACCCACCGUCUUUCAGAAGAGUCAUGUGGUUGAUGAUCGCUUCCAGUGUCUCACUAUCAAUUCCGUCUGCUUUGUUGUCUCUGUUAUUGUCGCCUGGCCGAUUCCAUGUCUGCAGGAUUCUUUCUCUGAAGUAGCGCCAAGGACGUCCAACGUCCAAACCCCAAACAGCCAAAAGGGGACCAGCCAGAAAGACGACCUUGUCACACCAAGUGAAGACGGUCCACAGCAUCAAGUUGGACUCCUCCCGCUU